AUGAAGGUAAGCACACGUCUCGAAAUCCCCAGCGGGGAGACGAUGCAAGCCGUCAAGCUCAUCAAUCCCGUCAACUUCGGCCCAGCAAUUCUUGAGAGGUUCAUGGCGCCUCCAGUCCCAGGUCUUGAGACAUUCAAGUCCUCUCCGUCGUUAUCAUUCCUCCUCGAACACAAGUCUGGUCGAAAACUCGUUUUUGACUUGGGAAUUCGGAAAGACUAUGAGAAUUAUGCACCGUCAAUUGUCAAGUAUCUUCCAACUACGAAAUACAAUAUUGAAGUGGCAGGUAAUGUGGCGGAUAUCCUACAGCAGCAUAAUGUCCCUCUGGAAGACAUUGAAGCUGUGAUAUGGAGUCACUGGCACUGGGACCACAUUGGCGACCCUUCCACAUUUCCUCCGCGAACGGAUCUGAUUGUCGGCCCCGGCUUCAACAAAGCGAUGCUUCCAGGUGCUCCGGCAAAUCCGGAAUCCCCCAUCCAAGAAAGGGAUUACGCUGACCGCAAUCUGCAAGAGAUUAGUUUCGAAGGGCCAAAGUCACUCAAAAUUGGCCAGUUCCCCGCCUUCGACUAUUUUGGAGAUGGGUCAUUUUAUCUACUCGAUAGCCCCGGCCAUGCUGUGGGCCAUCUUUGUGGCCUGGCCAGAACGACUACUAAUCCAAAUACGUUCGUUCUCAUGGGAGGAGAUGUCUGCCAUUACGCUGGCAUUUUCCGACCGUCUGAGUAUCUUCCGAUCCCGGAGACCAUCUCCCCACACCCAUGCCACCCGAAAGAAGAUAGCGUUCUCUGCCCUGGUGAAGCAUUCGCACGUUUGCAGAAGUCACGAGGAAGGAAGUCAACCGAUAGUCUGUUUGACCUGACCUUCGGCUUGGAUCUAGAACUCGCCACCAAAACUACUAGGCAACUACGAGAGUUGGACUGUAACGAGAACAUCUUUGUUAUUGUGGCUCAUGACUCUACAGUCCGUGACGGUGUACCACAUUUUCCGCAAAGCAUAAAUAAUUGGAAAGCUCAAGGGUUCGGCAAAGAGUUGAAAUGGGCGUUCCUCCGUGAUUUGGAGAAUUAUUGGAAAGCCGAAGGAUUGAUGUAG